AUAGUUUUUAAACUGAUACACACCGACGCACAAUGCCACCAUACAUAGCCUCUCACUCUCUUUCUCUCACAUAAACACAAACACACUGUUCACCCUCUCUCUCUCUUUGCUUUCUGUGUCUCUCUGCUACAAGCCGACGACAAACUCCGCGCUGGCAAAGAUUCCCUUCUCCCCUCCUUUGUCCUACUUUUUUCCUUUUCCUUUUCUCUUAUCUUCCUCCGCACAAACCCUAAGCUCUGAAUUUUCCCCGAGAAACAAACAGGCAAACCCAACAACUAUCAGAGAAUCCCAAUCCCACAGUCAUGUUUCAGCUGAUCUCGCCUUAACCCAACACGUCUCUUUCCCCAUACACUCUUAAAGUUGUCUUCUUUUUCGAGCCUGAUGGGCUGCACGAGCUCCAAGCUUGAUGAUCUUCCGGCCGUGGCUUUAUGCCGAGAGCGCUGCGGCUUUCUCGACGAGGCGAUUCACCAGCGCUAUGCUCUGGCAGAAGCCCACUUCGCUUAUAUUCACUCCCUCAGAGACAUCGGCCACUCUCUGCAUAAAUUCAUCGAACAGGAGGUGGGCAAUUCAUCUGGGUCACCUCCUUCUCCCCACCUCAACCUCCCUCCUGUCCGAAAAGGGGACCCCAAAUUGUCGCCGCCGCACCACUCUCGUUCAAAUUCAGGUUCCCAUCUUCACUUUCACUCCGAUUCCGACGACGACGACUUGGGCUCGCUCCACCACUCGGACCACUCGUCGCCGCUGCACAAUACUCACCCUGGCAGCCAUAUUGAUUACAUGGGCAACGGCCAGGAGGGUUUCCAGGAGGGUUUUAGCUCGUACCCAGAUGGUUACAUGCGCAUGAAUUACAUGAGGAACAAAGCGACACCGUCUGUGGUGUAUCAGCAGAAACCCAUGAGCCCAGAGAACGUGUAUCACAUGGGUGAAUCUUCUUCUUCUUCAAAUUCGUAUUAUGGAUAUCCAAAUUCAAAUCCUAAUCCGAACAACACUCCGCCUCCGCCUCCGCCAUCGCCGCCUAGAGCUUCGGCUUGGGAGUUUUUGAACCCGUUCGAGACUUACGAUAAGUACUACUCGGCCUACACGCCGAGCCGAGACUCGAAGGAAGUGAGAGACGAAGAGGGAAUUCCCGAUUUGGAAGACGAGGAGUACCAGCAGGAGGUGGUGAAGGAGGUGCAGAGAGACCACAAGCACGUGGUCGAUGGCGGGAAGCAUUCCAAGGCUGUUGUGGACGAUGAGUUAGCUGAAACGCAGCCUUCCUCGCUUUAUCAAGCGAGGCCGAGCGUGGAGACCGAUGGUGGUGGGGCUGAGUAUGAGGUCCAUGUGGUAGAGAAGAAGGUUGUGGAUGAGGACGAGAGGCGCGAGGACCGUGCCAAUGGCGGCGGUGCACCUAAAGUUCGACCGGGGUCUCUGGAUGCUUUUGAAGUAGCUCGAGAGAUUGAGGUUCAGUUUCAGAGAGCUUCCGAGUCCGGGAACGAAAUUGCCAAGAUGCUCGAGGUGGGAAGGCUUCCACAUAAUCGAAAACAUGUUUCUUCCAAGAUGAUGUCGUUAGUGUCUUCGCAACCUUCUACUUCUAAGAGUGCUGAGCCAUCGGCCUCCUCUGAAAUAGGUGGUCCUGCUCAAUUGGGGUUUGAUGAAGAAAUGAUGAUGAGGUCCAAAAAUCUCUCUUCUACCUUAGCCAAGCUGUAUCUUUGGGAAAAGAAACUCUAUAAUGAAGUAAAGUCUGAGGAAAAGAUGCGGGUAAUCCAUGACAGGAAGGUCCGUAAGCUGAAGCGUUUAGAUGAAAAGGGAGCGGAGGCUCACAAAGUUGAUACAACUCGAACUUUAAUAAGGAGUCUGUCCACAAAAAUCAGAAUUGCAAUUCAAGUUGUUGACAAAAUAUCUGUGACCAUAAAUAAGAUUAGGGAUGAAGAAUUAUGGCCACAACUGAAUGAAUUAAUUCAAGGGUUAACCCGGAUGUGGAAAUGCAUGCUUGAUUGUCAUCGUACUCAGUGCCAAGUAAUUAGAGAAGCCAGGGGUUUAGGUCCUAUUGGAUCUGGAAAAAGGGCUAGUGAUGCUCAUCUUGAUGCUACAUCGCAGCUUGAGCAUGAGCUUAUUAACUGGACUUUCAGAUUCUCUACUUGGAUUAGUGCUCAAAAGGGUUAUGUGAGAGCUUUGAACAAUUGGCUUCUAAAAUGUCUUCUGUAUGAACCUGAAGAAACACCAGAUGGAAUAGUUCCUUUUUCACCUGGUAGGAUAGGUGCGCCUCCUGUUUUUGUAAUCUGUAACCAAUGGUCACAAGCUUUGGAGAGAAUAUCAGAAAGAGAGGUGGUUGAAACUAUGCGUGUCUUCACCACGAGUGUCUUACAGGUUUGGGAACAAGAUAAGCUUGAAAUGCGCCAGAGGAUGGUAGCACACAAGGAUCUAGAGAAAAAAGUUAAGAACUUGGAUAGAAAGGACCAAAAAUUACAGAAGGAAAUUCAGGCAUUAGACAAGAAAAUUGUGCUAGUAUCAGGGGAUGCUGACACUCUCUCAGUUACUGGACAGAUUGUAUAUCAGAGUGACACUAGAAAUAGUACUUUACAGGCUAGUCUGCAACGCAUUUUUGAGGCCAUGGAAAGGUUCACCGAUAAUUCCACAAAAGCUUACGAGGAGCUUUUGCAACGUAACGAAGAAGAUAGGCUUGCGAGAGAGGAAGAGAGGGUUUCAUAGGGUCUGUUGUUAGAUGGAGUUAUAACUAUCCCUUUUGCAUUGAUGACUUGGUUUAUUAUCUGCACAUUUCGGCUGUUAAGGCGAAUGAAUGGAAGGUCUCUAGUUCUUUGAGGGUCUAUUACCUUGGAGCUCAAGAAUUCAUUCCUUGGAGCAAGCUUUUCCUCCAUCUGUCGGCGGCCAUUUCAUUGUCUGCUUGGCUAGUUAUUGUUGCUGAGAUCAGGAUAAUCUGUAAUAGCAGUAAGCCAUGCUUGAGGCUUCCCCAUUUACAGUGCAAGCUAUUUAUCUGGGCUGGCUCUGCAGUUUUAAUUUAAGGAGACAACCAGUACAGUUGAUUGAUGACAACGGCUGAAUAUUUAUACGAGCAAAGACAAUGGGCAACAAUGCACACAGGCAAAGGUGAGGGGCAAGCACAAGAUAAGUUAUUGCUGAUUAUGAAUCAACUUGGUCCACUGCCUGACAACAGAAAUGAUUUUAAAGCUGCUUCUGGCCAAAGUGUUCGCUGAAUCGACGAUUGCUCAUAGAAUCACAUUAUGAACUACUCUUACUGCUCCGUGAAUCAGUGAAAUCUACUUUCUAUGGACUGGGGCUCCUUUCUUGAGCUAAAUAUUGCAAUUUGGCAGCAUAUGAGAGACGUGGAAUGAAGGGCAAGAAGGGAGCUACUUUCACAAAUCAAAAGUACCAAGACUUUUGCACAAAUUGGCCAAAAUAAUUCAAGUAAGCGGCUGUCCUUUUCAGUUUUGUGAUGAUGAUGAGUUUCAGUGUAGUCUGUAUGGGGUGCUUGGAGUGACGCAAGUCCUGUCUCUAUGCCCAAAAAUAAUUGGAUAUUUGUAUAAAAUUUAUUCUUUCCUUGUUC